CACGCGUGACGUCAGCAGAGACCACUAGUUUCUUCUUAACCAGUCUUCUCCAUGUUCAUCAUAAUCAGUGGCACAUUCGUUAUAGCCGAGGAUAGAGCACCAUCCAGGGGUAGGGCAGCCGAACCGAGUCCCUGCGGUAGUCAUGGCGGCGCCGUUAGCCCACUUCGAUGAAGACUGGCAGGAUUUCAACGAAUUCAAGGCGGCCUCAGGGUCGCCCAACCGACUGGACCAGCUGAACUCCUCGAACGUGGCUGACACGGGCCUGGUGGAGGAUUUCUCGGACAUCGACAACAGCUUCUCGGGGGAGAUAUGUAGCUUCAAAUCAAUGGAGGACCUUGUCCACGACUUCGAUGAGAAGCUGACAGUUUGCUUCCAGAAUUACAACACUGAAACUGAAAACAUAGCCCCCAUUAAACCUAUCACAGAAGAUAAUUUCCUCAAGGACGACGACGUGUGGAAUGCUCUGACCGAUAACUACGGCAAUGUGAUGCCAGUGGACUGGAAGACCUCUCACAUUCGCUCCCUGCAUCUCCCCACUCUCAAUCUCUGUGAGCAGGGGAAGCUGGACAACAUGCCUCUUGACCUGUCUGAUGAUGAUGAGGAGCUGAGGGAACAGAUGGACAUGCACUCCAUCAUCGUGUCCUGCGUCAACGACGAGCCACUCUUCACCGUCGAGCAGGUGAUCGAGGAGAUUGAGGAGCUGAUGGAGGAGUCUCCAGACCCAGAGGAUGAUGAGAGCCCGUCCCAGUCAGACCUGUCCAUGCUCUCCCAAGACCUCAGCAACCUCAAACGCUCCAGCUCCAACACCAGCUAUGAGGACCGCCUGCAUCGUCUGUCAGUCUCAGAGCUGAGCGAGGCCUUGGAGGAGGUGGAGACUGCCAUCAGGCGCUACAGUGAGGAGCUGAUCCAGGUCCUGGCUCUGAGGGACGAGCUGGACUUUGAGAAGGAGGUGAAGAACAGCUUCAUCUCGCUGCUCAUCGAAGUGCAGAACCGGCAGAAGGAGCACCGCGAGCUGCUCCGCCAGAAGAAGAAGACCAGGCCCACAGGCAGUGCCCUGAGGGCAGACAGGACACACGUUCCUGGGACGCUCUUCACUAUGGAGGGACUCUCCACUGUCAUUCAGAACGGCCUCCGUCAAACUUUCGGCAGCACAGGAGGGGACAAACAGUAUCUGACCACAGUUAUCCCCUAUGAGAAGAAGGCUGGCUCCCCCUCUGUGGAAGACCUCCAGAUCCUCACCAAGAUUUUGCAUGCCAUGAGGGAGGACAGUGAGAAGGUACCCAGCCUCCUAACAGACUACAUCCUCAAAGUACUGUGUCCCACAUAGACCUAGUGGAGGAGCCCCCUGUUCUAGAACAUUCGGACGGAACACUCAGGAGCUGCAGAUUUCUGGAACAUACCAAUGGAAGGAGAGCCCCCCCACCCCUCUAAGGUGGACUCUUCCUGUUGGAGUCGUCGUCCCCCCCCCGCCACAUCUUUUCCCUCGACUUAUAAGAGUCACAUUUUAAUACCUGAUGCUUUACCUUACCUUUUUACAUGUAAUUUUUAAGUGUGUUUUAAUGUUCUAAUGCUAUAAUCUCACCUUCGUUUUGUCUUCUCUGCAUGUUAGUGUCUCUGUUAGCCUGUUGGCAGUAUUACUCUCCAUUGUCUAAAGUGUCUUUCUGUACUUGUUUUCUAUCCUCUGUUUGCACUAAUGUAAAAGAACUUGAGAGGGGAAACUAAUUCAUGUCUCUACAUUCACCAGUCUGUCUUUUCACAUCAGUAAGAAAUAGGGUGAGGAGACAAGGAGAAGUCACUUGGACCACUGGAAUGCGUCAUUCCUCUGUUAGACUGGCCAAUGCCCUCUGACUGGGGUGUAUAUAUAGGAGGGAUGGGGAAAUAAGGCUUCUUGAACCUCUAUGGGUGGGAUCAGUCAUGGAGUCCAAUGGGAGCGCUCCACUUUAACAGAGAUCCUAUGGAUCAGAGUAAUUAAUGAUUGACAGACUAUGGUAUUAGUGGGAUUCAGAAGCCUUGUUCCCCCCUUGUACAUUUCACAAACCCUGUCAGUUUGUCUUUGCAUGCUGGUACAUAGGAUUAGGGAGCUACACUAGUGACAUGUUAUAAAUCAUUAUUUUCUAUACUACAAUGGGGAAAUUGCACAAAUAGAACAUGUAUUUUUAAUUGAUAACUUCUCAAAAAAUGGAAAAAAAUAUGACAGAAGUUAGUUAGAAGGUAACCUGAAAGAACAAGCUUGUACAGCUUUUUGUUUUUCUGUAGUUUUAGAGAAAUUAGGGACUUUUUGCUGCCAGUAGUGUGGCCACUUAUGACAUCACCAUUCUUAUGUAAACAAUAGCUGUCAACCUCUGACCCCUCCUAGUGACAUUUACAUUAUGACCCUGUGAACUUGCCUGCCUCAUACCUCACCUCUUAGUAUGUACUGAAAGUUCAGGGUUAUUUGAGUAUUUCAGUGGAUAUAACACUAUUAUUAGGAUGUUGAAAUAAUGGUGUAAUUGCUGUGAGUUGAUCCUACCAUGUUGUUUUUAAAACCAAUAACUCUUUGAUGUUGUGUUGAGGAUCAAGUGAUGGUGUAAUCAGUCGGUGAUCUGUUCUUGUCCAACAGUAGUAGAACACUAAAUCGUUGUAUGUACUUAUGGAGACAAUGUAACGGAGGUAGGGAGGUUUCUGUUCAAAGACAGGAGAGAUCCUUCGAACACCAACAUUUCUAUAACCUCUUGUCUACAUCCACAACCGCCAACCUUCACCAGCACUAUCUGUCAUGGCAACGCUAUGCUUGGUACCCCACAAACCUGUCAAAUCGUCAGCAGGUAACUAAGCUCAGUGCACAAUAAUUGUAGUCGCACACAAACCGAUCGCGUCCAGUCUAUCACUACUCUACACCAAGAGCAGUGGUGGCGAUGUUGUUACUCUUUGUUGGGGGGGGGGAAUGUUUUAACAUUAGCAAGCCCAGCGUCCUGCAGCUUGAGUAGCCAUGUAGUAGGUUUUGUCAGACCUAGGCCUGAGUAGUAGUAUAAUGACAUCAGUGAUUGAUAAGGCUACAGAUAAGUAUAGGCUAGAACCUGAAGACCUAGCCAAGUGGUUGUUGUAGCAUCAGCUUGUAGCUCUAUAGUAAAACUACUGUUGUAGUAACUGCUGGACAAAGUAUUGAGAAGCCGCCUGACACCUAUAGACAGCAACUAGACAUCCCAGGUAAGAAGUCCACGGUAGUGCCAAUUCUGUCCUCGCUAUUAGAAGUCGAAUCAUGGUGUCUAAUGGAAGCUUUUCCCUGGAUUAAAGUGUGACGAGGUAAUGGGUUUCAGUUGAAUGUCUCCGAAGGUAGAUUUGUUUAGUAAGGGAAGCCAGCAGACCUCUAGGUACUGUACAGAAUCAAAUGCAACUAUCUUUCAAUUGUAGCUAGCUUCAAAAGCAUUCACAAGCCCUAGCAUGUGCUGCAUGCACUUUUACUUCAGAUAAAUCAAACGAAUGGUAAGCAAUAAUGUCACACUAAAGGAAUCCUUAGCAUUGAACCACGUUGCAAUGAGAAAGUUAAGCCGAACUGAAAUGUAUACUCGCUUGGGUGGGGUUUGGACUCCUUGAAACUGGAGUCAAAUUGAGUAGUAUAAUUUGGGUGGUCCUGAAGCGGCACAGCGUCGUCACGGAGAUCAGAGAAGGUUAUUGACUCAGAUGAAGCUCUGCCCCUCGUCGCCUGGUCCCUCUAUUUGAGCAAAAAUAUCAGCGUAUAUCCACACUUUAUCUAGAGAAUUAUAUUUAUAUAAACACAAGCAACAAAAAAGGCUGCCUUUGUAAAUGCCUGAAAUUUUGUAUAUAUCUACUCGUUUAUUUUUAAUGCACUAUACUUCGUCCCCCAUUUGGGGUUUUUAUGUUUACAUGUCUUGUCAUGUGGUACUACAGUACAUUAAUUUAUUCGGUAAGUGUUUUUGUUUUGUAACCAUAUUAUUGACUAGUGGUACAAACUUUUUGGGCCAGAAUUGCAUCUGGAGCUCAUUUCAAAUAAAAUUAUGAUAUGUUGACUUGG